UUCUGUGUCUCUGGUUGUUCAUUGCUUAUUGUUUACAUAGAGCAAUGUCGAUCUCUGGAGUUUAACUCGGUCGGAACACUAAAAGGAAAACGUCUGAUGAAUCAUCUCAUGCUCGCCACUGAAGUUACAGACAAACAGUUCUGUGGAGCCCUAUGCUUUCUGGAAGAUAACUGCAUGUCUUACAAUUUAAUAACGGGAAGUGAGGCUGAAAACCACAAAUGUGAAUUGAACAACGCUACUCACGAAGGACAUGAAAGUGACUUGGUGGACUAUCCCGGUUGUAUUUAUCGUGCCGCUAAGGUAAAAAACAAUAUCUGAUGUUCCAGAGAACUUACUUCCUCAUAUUCCUUUUUAAAAUUAAUCAUCGAUUAAUUGAGGGUUGAUCGUUUGUUAAUUUUGAUCUAUCAUCCAUCUGGUUGACUUGAUUAAUAAUGGUAAUAGGACCGAGUGGAGUCCAAUUCGGUCUGUAAUCAUACGAAUGAUUAACAAAAUUUGACGACCGCGAGGCGGGAGGCCGAUUUGUUAAUCUCGAGUAUGAUUACAGACAGAAUUGGACGACAAGAAGUCCUGUUAGCAAUUGAUUAUGACCAUUUCAAUUUCCGAAAAAACAAAUACGCCUGGAGCUUAUAUCUCCAGUGGAGACAACAUCUUUAUUUAAAAAUUCCUCUAUUUUGGAAAUUCCCUUGGUUUUGCUGUGGAUAAGUGGUUGUUUCUAUGGUUAUUUUGAUCAUUUCUGUGAUUGGCGGAUUAGCUGAGAGGACUUAGUAUGAUUGCCUGCGUCAGCUCUCCGAUUAUAGGUGUCUGAUUACAGCCAACUGUCCGAUUACAACUGUACAGGAUGAUAAGUGAAAAAUGAAGCUGCGAAUGCACCAGUAGUAUUUGAGGAAUUUGUAACGCUUAUGAUUAGCCACCUAACAUUACAUGUGAUCGACGGAUGUAGUGAUGGAUAACUGCAUCCGAGGGUACACAAUUUUUACUCUCGUCUGAUUCUUUUACACGCUCCCUUAGGACGCAUGUGACAAUGAUCCUUGCAACGGAAGAGGGAAAUGUCAAAUAGGGUUCACACAGAAAGGCUAUCGCUGUGUGUGUUCCUCGGGAUUUACAGGUCUGGAUUGUCUUAGUGGUAAGUUCAGAAGAAGCCAUGUAGUCUCAGAUAAAUAGAGGUUACUUCAAAGUCCAUAUAUUUGAUUUAUAGAUGAUUUUUUCCACCUGUCAACUUUUCUUGAAGAAGGAUAUUCGGAUAUUUCGUACUAAAUAUAAACGAAUGGUUCAGAGGAAAGCUAGCUUUUAGGUAAACAAGUAAAGGGGGCAUACUUCUGAAGAAAAUACGGUGCUACAUUAGUGGAGAAAGGGGGGGGGGGGUAAAAAGGAUAAUUUGGUUUGAUUAAUAGAGCUGAUGAUGUAAAUUUGCCACAAUUCACUUUGACAUAGGGCUGACACUCGAAACGUGGACUUUAGAAACUCUUUAUGGUGGGCAAUUUGCAUUAUCAACUCAGUCGAUAAAAUCAAAAUAUCUAUCUUUUAGGUAGAUAAUUAUCGUCUAACAUGGUUUAUAUUGAUGCAAUUCUAACUUUGAAUGUUACUGAAAAGGAACUAUGUGGCAAGUUGACUCUACUUAGUAGAUACAUUUAAAACAUUUGUGUGUAAGUAUUUUGAGGAGUGAUUCACCAAAAUCGAGCGUAAUAAAGUUAAUGAACGCAAGCAUUUGGUUUUCUAGAUAUUGACGAAUGCUCUGAGGGAACUCACAGUUGUGACAUAAAUGCUGAUUGUUCCAACACCGACGGUUCUUACGAAUGCAUUUGUAAUCGAGGAUUCCACGGAGAUGGAAGGAUUUGUAAAGGUUAAGCUGCUUGACAUUCGCUAGGUGUAUUUGUUAUGUAGAGUAUACUUCAGAUCCAUUUGUUCGGAAGAGUGGAUAGAGUACUGUCUGGCGAAUAUUUGGCCGCAAACUGAAAAAAAUUUAUUGUACUCCACCGUUCUGAGAACUGAGGCCUUUUAGUUACUUAGCACCACACCCCUACCCUUACCCUCACCUCGUAAGUUAAUGUGAAACGAUGAGAUACAAAGUCCUUCCUCCGUUGAGCGUCUGCGAAUAUGGUCAUGGUGAAUAAGUAGGGUGAAUGUUAUAUAAGUAUAUAUAUACGUAGUCUCGAUUAAAUCAAUUUGAUAUUUUUUUAAUUGCUACUUGCUAAAUAUGCCCAUUUUAAUUUGUAGCAUUAUCACGUUCAUUUUUUCAGACAUCGACGAGUGUACCACAAAUACUCACAACUGUAUUGCAGAUCAUUUGUGUAACAAUACAGACGGAUCUUUCACUUGCACUUGUUAGUAAACUUUAUUUAUUACAUAGUCUCUUUCCUAUUUUACUAUAUUUUAUUUUUUAACUCACAUGAAAGAAAUUAUUCUUAGUAUUAAUAUACCCUCGCCUGUGCUAUUUUAACAUACCGCUUUAUCUAAUUGAUACAACAAUUAUUCAGAAGAGAGAAAAGUAACAGUUUCAUCAAUCACAUGUUUAGUUUUUUUCCUUUUGGUAUUAAUUGAUUAGUUUAUUUUGUUCAUUUGUCUCUUUUUCUGUGGUAUGGUUUUACUCAGUUGCCACAUAUUCAGACAUGCUCGAGGACCAUGGAUUUCAAGGCAAAUUGAUACAGAUAUACGACUGUCAACAUUUCCAUGACACCCACUCCUUUCCUUCUGUCUGUUUUCAUUAAAACAAUCGUUCAACAGAUACCACUACCAUAGGUAUCCAUCCUUCCCUAUAUAUACGUAUUAUCCUAAUCUGGAUUAAAGUUAACUAACACUUCAUAAGAUGCAUGUACAUUCUCUUUAUUCUUCUUAUUCAUUUUAGCAUUUACCUGCAAGGAGAUAUACGACAGAAACCCGUGAGUGACAGACUUAAAAAAGAGUCAAAACACCUUAAACGUUAAGCCAUGUCCAGCCGUGGAGAAAAGUCUGCGACCAAUGAAGUUUCUCCCCAGCUGGGCAAUGCUGCAAUAAACAGGGCAUUGAUGCAAUUUUCAAACUUUACAGCUGUAUAUUUUUUGGUGAAUUAUAAUUGACCUACCUAUAUUGCGUUUAUCCCCCUCGAGGUAGUUGUGAGAAAAAUAAAAUCCUAAUGUCAUUUUUUUAUUCUAAAACAUUAGACAAAGUGAAAACAAAGCAUAUGAAAUAGUAGUUGGACCUGAGAAGAUUCCCGUGUACUGUAUCAUGAGCGCUACCGGCAUGGGACCAUGUGGAGGAGGAGGCUGGACACUUGUUAUGAAGAUGAACGGAACAAAGGUAACAAAUCCGAAUAAAGAAAUGAUCUUCGCUGAUGAGCUGCAACGUACGAUGAUCUGCAAGAUCCGAACCCAUGUCUCCGAGAUAUCAUUAUCACUUGGUAAAAGUGGGGCAAAUGUACAUGAGUGAGUUGCUCAUUGCCGUGAUCAGACUUUUUCCAGAUAUGUGGUGAGAUAUCUGCAUUAUCUGAUCUAUUUCCAAAUGAAAGUACCAAUGGUACUAUCCUCCUGAAAGAGAAUCAUAUGAAAUCAGAGGAGUGUAUCUAAAUUUGUAGAUUAUAAUAAGAGCAGUAGAGAGAAAGGUUGUCGUUUCAUUGUAUAAUCGUACAGUAUUGUUGCAGACAAAUGUGUGGCAAACCAUCUGGACACAGGAAAUAGGGUCAUUGCUUUUCAGAACACUGUCCCUUUAGCUUGGAGGUGAUUACGAUGAUUAUGGCAAAGAUUGGUAUGGUGAUGAUAUAAAAUAUCGUUUUUACUAAAGAGUACUGAUAAAGACGGUCAUUGAAGAUGAGGAGACUUUAUAUAAAAAGUGGAUUCUGCUAUGCACUGUAUACCAUUGAUUGUUGACCCUAUCUUGUGCUUACUUUCUACAGCAAACCUUCCAUUAUGAUGCUAGUCUUUGGACCAACAAGGAGACCUUCAACUUGGAAGGAGGUGAGACGGGUCUUGAUGGGCAAGAGACCAAGUUACCGACCUACUGGAACACGUCCUUUUCCAAAAUCUGUGUUGGCAUGAAGGUCCCGGGAGAGGUAGCCACAAGACUUAUCGUUAUUAACAAAACAGCUGAGUCUGUGUAUUCAUUAAUUGUUGAUGGCCAAUAUCGCCCCACACCAUUGGGAAAAGACGCGUGGAAAAGCUUGGUCAGCCCUCCAGGUCGAUUACAACCGAACUGUAACAAGGAAGGAUUUAACACAUCUGGGAACAACACACAGAAUGCAGGCAGAGCUCGAGCAAGGAUCGGUAUUCUCGGUAAUGGGGAAAAUGAUUGUGAUUCAUGUGAUUCCAGAAUCGGAUUUGGCGGUGGGGGAGCUACGGAUGAUUCUAUCACGUGUGGCAACGCAUAUUGGAAUAACGUGAAGGUUAAAACAAUGGGAUACAUCUUCGUUCAGUAA